AGAAGGGCCCCUAGCGCCAGACAUUAGUACUGGCCUGGCUGAUUACUCCUACUCUCGGCUCCACAGCUCAAACAUCGCAGUGUUGUCGAGGCUCAAACACGGUCAGGCGUAUGGACAGGCGCCCGUAGCUCCGUUAGACCCCCCUCUCUAUCUCUCCGUGCACUACACGGACUACACCGACGAGUCAUUUCUGGCACGUAUCUGGGCUCUCCUCCACGCUACGGUGCCUCACACUGCAGGGCCUCUUCACUUUACAGGAAAAAAGUGGGUGUUUGCUGCUCACUGGUGUUCCGGCAGCGGCGGCGGCGGCGAGCGCAGCGAAGUGUCCUCGAUGGCAGGCUGGAAGGACGGCUCGGUGCAGGAGAAGUAUCGGCUGGUGGUGGUCGGAGGAGGCGGUGUCGGGAAAUCAGCCCUGACUAUCCAGUUUAUUCAGUCGUACUUUGUCACCGACUAUGACCCCACGAUUGAAGACUCUUAUACCAAGCAGUGUGUGAUUGACGAAAGGGCAGCCAGGCUUGACAUCCUCGACACGGCUGGACAGGAAGAGUUUGGAGCCAUGAGAGAACAAUACAUGAGGACAGGGGAGGGCUUCCUGCUUGUCUUCUCAGUCACUGAUAGAGGAAGCUUUGAAGAAAUCUACAAAUUCCAAAGACAGAUUCUCAGAGUGAAAGACAGAGAUGAAUUUCCUAUGAUCCUCGUCGGAAACAAAGCAGAUCUGGAACUACAAAGACAAGUAACCCAGGAAGAGGGCCAGCAGCUGGCCAGACAACUGAAGGUCACAUAUAUGGAGGCUUCAGCCAAAAUCCGUAUGAACGUAGACCAGGCUUUCCACGAGCUGGUUAGAGUAAUCAGGAAAUUCCAAGAGCAGGAAUGUCCACCGUCGCCGGAACCUACAAGAAAAGAGAAAGACAAGAGCGGCUGCCAUUGUGUGAUCGUCUGAGUCGGCCUUAUCACUGUAACUCAUGCAGCUACUCUCUACAACCCCACCCACUCUGCCUGACAUCACAUCCUCAGUGGAUGACUGACCGCUGCCUUCUCCACGUGCAUGACUUCAGACAGCCUUUUCUGAGAUACUCUUACCAGGAACUGCUGUCCCCAGGACAUCACUAUGGACAACUGACAAUGCCAAAUUUUAACACCACUCUACCUUCAGCCGUAAUCUAAUUCACAUGAGAGAGUCCCAACACUAAACAUUGCCUUCUAAAUCAGCCUGACAAAUUAAUGUUUUGUACUCUGAAGGACUUCUCUUGCCUUGUAGUGAAAUUUGUACUUGCUACCGAGAUUGAAUGAAAACUAUAUAUCCAGAAUGUUAAUGAGUUUCUUUAGUUUCCAGUGUCUGACCAGAGCAGAGAUUAUCUUAUGAAGCUUUGUGUAUGUUGUGCCAUAUCCACCUUUACUCCCAUGUGCUAAUCUGCUACUGUACAUAUGUGACAUUUGUUGUGAUUUUCAAAGUGUACUUCUAAUGAUCUAUUAAAUCACCACAGUACAGUGUGUGAGGUUGAGUUUGGUUUUACAUAUAUGAAAGUAAAUAUAUAAGUAUGUAUAUAAAUAUAAAGCCUAGACAGCCCUUAAAGCUACAAUGAUAGAAUUUUCUGGCAUUCUGCAGUGGAUUCUUCUUCUUUGUCUGUGGUUUCUGCUUUCAUCUCAAUUGCCAAAUAUCGAGUGUCUACUGUAUUUGAUUUUUUUAUAAGUCUUAUAGAUUAAAGCAUUCUUAUCCUCCGCCAUCUCCUCAAUGUACCAGAAGGUGGUGACUCAGCCAGAAUUGGACAUUGUUUCAGACUUCUAAGGAGAGGUAGAUACAUUUAUUGGUAGCACAUUGUGAGUCUUUGACAACUAACGUGAUUUCAGAUCAAAACACUGAACACUGUAUGGUCUAUAUUCAACUUUUGCCAAGAUCCAUUUGUUGCAAAUCAAGAAGCUUUCAGCGUUUAGUUCAGAUCAUUCCGAUGUAAUGCAUCUUUUUUGUCAAACAUUUAGUCCAUGAUACAGAUCAAAUAACUGUUAUAUCAUUCCAAUAACACAGUGGCAAUGUUUCUGUUUUGUGUCCUUGAAUCAUUCUGUUACAUAACCCCCCCCCCCCAAUGAUCUGCCACUUGAAAAACAAGUGGAAGCAUUGAGAUGCACUUCCUAAAACAAGCUGUUCUCCAAUGGGACACGAACUCAGCGGACCUGCCACCUGUGGAGCUCUCAUCGCCACAGACACAAAUAUGCUGUUCUGCCUUCCCUUUCAACUCCUGUACUUCUGUUCGGGCAUAUAAAUGAAGUACCGUAGUUUGUUUUUCAUAUCAUCAUCUUGUAAUAUAAACAAGAAAAUCAGAUGAUGGAAGUAAUGGACUUGAUUAAAUGUUUCUACUCUACUUUUAUACAUUAUUUUCUUAUCAAACUAGGUGACAAGUAUUUUUAUAUGUUUAUAAGUGAGUACACAUUCACAGCAUGGCUGUGUAUAUAUGUAAAGAGGAAUAUUUAAUUCUCUUGAUUAUUUUAAACUGAAGAUGACUGUUGGCCCAAAUUUACAAAAUUGGAUUAUUCACCCAGAUGUGACCAAGAAUGUUAUUUCUUGUUGUGGCGCAGUAAUGGCGAAAACAUUUAUCUCUGAGGGGUUCACCACAAGCUCAGAGUGCAAAAUGCCAGGUCAGGAAGAGAGGGUUGUAGAAAUUAUUCUGGUCUUUACAUAGGAGCUUAAAACCACAUGAAUGAAUUAUUAUAAUCACUGAGAUUUGAAAUACCUACUUCACGUCUUACUGCAAAUCCUAUAGUGUACAUCCAAAUCAUACUGUUUUUUUCUUUUCCCUCCAUAUCAGUGUCUUUUGCCCUGUGUCUAGCUUUUGGUGCUAAAAUAAAAUCUGUCAUUGAGCCA